ACACAUUAAUACCUUGGUGGCUAGCAAGGAGAGGCAUUCUCCAGUCAAGCUCUAGCAAAACUCCUUGCAGCUUCCAUGGUUGAAGCAACAGCGUGACUCAUAGUGAUAGAUUGAUGCAAGAGCUGAGGAGCUCUCGGUGCUAACCAAACCAGUUGACCAUUCCCUGCAACGAGUUCCCCAGCAUCAAUUGUGGCUUGGCGAGGUCAGUUCUCUUCAUCCGGAACACAGAUAGGACUCUACAAUCAUCUCCCUGUUUCUGGACACAGCAAGCUGACAGACUUUCUCAUUCAGUGGUGGAGGCCAAGGAAUGAAUGACUGGCGGCCGUUUAUCUAUGGAGGUCUAGCUUCUAUGACCGCAGAAUGUGGGACUUUCCCCAUUGACACCACCAAGACACGACUGCAGAUCCAAGGCCAGCGUAUCGAUGCACGGCACACAGAACUCAAGUAUCGGGGCAUGCUCCAUGCCAUUUUCCGUAUUUUCAGAGAAGAAGGCAUUCAUGCACUGUAUUCUGGCAUCGCCCCGGCCAUUCUACGCCAAGCCACAUAUGGAACCAUCAAGAUCGGAGUGUACCACACUCUCAAGAGGAUCGCGGUGCCGGAUCCCAGAAAUGAGACACUGACGAUCAACGUGCUGUGCGGAAUCACUGCAGGCAUCGUAUCCAGUGCCAUCGCCAACCCCACCGAUGUACUCAAGGUCCGGCUCCAGGCUCAGGGGACGAGCGGCAACAGGGACAACAUGCUGUGUGCAUUCCUCAACAUCUACCGCACCGAAGGGCUCCCGGGACUCUGGAGGGGCGUGUUCCCCACGGCCCAAAGAGCAGCCACGGUGGCGGGGGUCGAACUCCCGGCCUACGAUAUAUGCAAGCGACAGAUUAUACACUCUGGGUACCUAGGAGACACCAAGACCACACAUUUCAUAGCCAGUUUUCUAGCGGGUCUAGCUGGCGCUAUCGCCUCCAACCCAAUCGACGUGAUUAAGACACGAUUGAUGAACCAGAAGAGGUUGAAAACAGCCGUGAUCAGUGAUGGAGUCGCACCGGCAAUCUACACAUCAACUACUGACUGCUUCGUCCAGACGGUGAAGACGGAGGGCAUCAUGGCCUUGUACAAGGGCUUCAUCCCCACCUGGGUCCGACUCGGGCCGUGGAACAUCAUUUUCUUCAUGACUUAUGAGCAUCUGAAGAAGUCGUACUGAAGACCAACACAGCCAACGCAUCUUAUACUCUCUGACAGCACAGGCUUGCUGCUUCCUCCCACACCCAGAGUUCAGAGGUCAGACCACCAGGGGGAGGUAACUGAGCUCCACUGCCAGAACACUUUGCUCAAGCCUACUGGAGUCUGUGAUAUGGAUGAAUCUCCAUGGAUCCUCUUCCUUGAAUUUACAUUUUGACUACUAUUUUGACUAUUUUGACUGAGAUGCAUAUUUGACAAAAAUCCUAUUUAGACAGACUAGUGUAUGUUGAACAGAUUCCAAGAAUGACAACAAUUGUAAAAGUCUACAUCAGAUCAAAAUUUAACUUGAAGUAUAUAUUCUGUUUUGUACUUGAAUAUUUUUUAAAUUAUGAUAAUAUGUAAAUAGAGAACAGCAUUAAGACUAAAGUCUGUGUUUAUGUAAUAACGUGAAGUGACCAAUGUUAAAUUAAAAUAUAGUCCAUCUGGUUUAGGAGAGGUUAAUGUGCGGGUCUAAGGGAGAGAACUCUGCACAGAUACACUUGCCCUAGUAACCAUUAUUUGCGUAGUCAGAUAUGGUGGCAUAAAAGAGCCACAGUUUCUUGCUAUAAUAAUAAUACAUGUUUGAGGAGGUCAGUCCACAUCAAAAAGAAUUGUAGGAAAGAUGUAUUAGUGGAUAUGGGGAUUGUUCAGGGAGCCAUUGCAUGGUGUUGAAAAAUAUUAAGGCAAAAAAAUAAUAAUAGUCUUGGUUCUCAGGCUCCGGCCACAUCAUCAUAAAGUUUGUGCACAUUUCGUUUUUAUUUCCAUUUUGUAAAAAAACCACCCAAAAUCCUUAAAUAUUCCAAGUCCACUGGUUAUUCCAAUACUGUCUUCCUGUAUUUUACUCAUCAAGGAAUACAUUUAUGUAGGGAGGCCCUUUCCCAGGUUGUUUGUACACAAUUGUUUAUUGAUAACAUACUAGUUUGAACAACAACAACAACAAAAGACACCACCUGCCCGCACUAUAUUUUCAAAAACCAUUGCUUGAGAUCCAAUUCUGUUAUUUUUUUAAGCCUAAACAAAAUCUUCAUUAAAAAAUGCCCCUAGUUUUGAGAGUACCCAGGUAUUAUACUAAAUGUACAUAUCUUUUUCACCUUUAUAC